UUGAAGUUCCAUUGAACCAACUUUUCUCUCCACAUCCGCCUCUCAACCUGUCACUUGACGUGACCAUUGGUACAUCCUCUCGUCGAUCGACUCCUCCCGCUGCGCUGCUGAUCAAUUUUGAGCAAGCUGCACCUUUGCAGCUAGGAGUCCAAUCAAGGUCGCCUAGUGUAGCGAUCGAAAAGCGCCGCCUUUUGUACCACCCAGAUCCCAUGCGUUCCUCCAUGCUUCCCGCCAUGCGUCCCUCCACGUCGCCCCUUCCACCGGCUUUUUCUGCCCAUGACUCGCGUCUUCGCGAAGCGGGAGGCUCUUCACCUGACAGCAUGGUUACCACAGAGGAUCGUUCGCAGGAGAAUUCGGCUACGACGACGCAUUCGCGCGAGAUGAUGACGGGCCUGGAAGCCGCACAGGGCCUGGGAGCGAUCUAUAAUGACUCCCAGCGGGGGGGAUUGGAGAGCGUGAGGGUUGAAGAGACGCACGCGAAUGGAGGCGCGAAUGGCGGCGCGAAUGGAGGCGCGGUGAUGGUGGGAGAAGACGGGCCGGCGAGAGAGUGGACGGAAGAUUUGGGGCUGCUACAGGAUCAGGUGCCACGGCUAGAAGGGUCGCAAGCUGAGAGGCUCAUGGAGGUCAAGGAAAGCGAGGAGCGGGAGGCUUUGCCUGCGAAUCCACGGUCCGAAUCUGUAGAUCGACUGCUCGAGCUUGCCGAUUUGUCGUCCAAAGCUGUAGAUCUUCGGCCCGAGCCUGCAGGUCUAUCUUCCGACCGUGUGAAUUUACGGUCCGAAGCUGCGGGUCCACGGUCCGAGCCUACAGAUCUCCGGUCCGAGCCUACAGAUCUCCGGUCAGAGCCUGCAGAGCUCCGGUCCGAGCCUGCAGGCCAAGCGCAGGAGCAAUCCCCAAUACCAGAGGGGCAAGUUUUGUCGAAGAAGGCAACAAGUUCUUGUGCAGCAGGACCUUCUCAGGUGAAAUUUCAGGUGGAUGGUUCAAGGGCUCAGGUGGAGCCUCAGGUUCAGAGACAGCAGAGAAAGCUGCAAAAGCAGAUCAAGCAGCAGCAAUUAGGGCAGCUGCCAGUGCAGCAGCAGCAGUUGUACAAUAGUUCUCAUGAGCAAAAUCAACCGGAUAUUCAGCAUUAUAAUUGGCAGCAGUUCCAGCAGCAGCAGCACCAAGAUCCGUAUCAGCAGCAGCAGCAGCAGCAGCAGCAGCAGCAGCAUCUGGUGUACAGUCAUAACAAUGGAAGCCAUUCCGAGCAUUAUUCCCCUCAUCUUCAUCCUCCUCCUCCUCCUCGUUAUCACGUACAUACCACAUCUACUCCUCACCUUUCUCCUCUCUACCUCCUUCAACACCUGCAGCAACAGCUGCCACCAUCGCUGCCCGGAACCCUCCCACUUCAUCACCAGCAGCAGUGCGUUCAGCUUCCCGGUAACCAUGUAACCAUGUGCAGCCACGCCCCUUACGCCAAUCCGACAUACAGCUUCAACAAUAACAACAGCAGCAGCAGCGGCCAUUAUCCGUUGGGCGUGUUUUGGGACAUUGAGAACUGCUCGGUGCCGUCCGACGUCCGCCCCGUGGACGUGGCAUGCAGAGUGCGCAGCGGCCUCGCUGCGCAUCCUGCCACCGCCGCCGCUCGCAUCACAGGUCAGUUUCCAGUGCCCUUCAUUGCACUUUCCUCUCCGACCUCUUCCCCUUCGCCCUCUCCGAUCUUUCUCAACCCCCCACCCUCCGCCUCCCACACCUCUUCCAGCCAGCCUUCCGUCAAAUGCUUCUGCUCCCUCUCCCUCCUCUCUCCCCCUGCGCCCCAAACCCCCCCCAUACCCCCACCAGCCUUCACGGCCUACGGCGACUUUGGCUUGCUGCCCAUCCGCAUCCGCGAGGGCCUGCAGCGCACAGGCGUGAACCUGAUGGACGUGCCGAGCGGCCGCAAGGACGCCUCAGACAAAGCUAUCCUCUCCGACCUCUUCCUCUUCGCGCUAGACCACCCACCCCCCGCCUCUAUCCUCCUCAUUUCUGGCGAUGUGGAUUUCGCCCCUUCACUGCAUAAGCUUGGGCAGAGGGGGUAUUCUGUUCUGCUGCUGGCGCCGGUGUACUCGCAUGCGGGGGUUUCGACGGCGCUGCUGUCGGGGGCGGGGUUUGUGUGGGACUGGCUUGCCCUGGUGCGCGGGCAGGGGCUGGUGGCGUUUGCAGGGGCAGAGGGGAGGAGGGGUGGGAGGAUGGAAGAGAUGGUGGGAGGGUUGCGUAUGGGGCAGAUGCAGGGUGUUGCAGGUGCUGCUGGAGAGGGGUUCUAUGGCGGUGGUGGUGGUAAUGGGGUGUUUACCGGGGGGAGGGUUGGAGGGUUUGGGGAUCUGGUUGGGAGGAAUUGGAUGGGGCCGAAUGGGUUGGUGACUCAGCAGCGCUCCCACCUGCACCAGUCUUCGUCUUUGCUGCCGCCGGUCCCAGGGCCCUCUGCUGCUGCUCCUCCUCCUCGUCACCCACACUUUUCUAAUACCGAAUCCCACUCACAUCCACCUGCCGCUCCACCCUCCUCCUCCUCCUCCACCUCUGCCGAUGCUCCUUCCUCACGUCCUAGUCCACCUCUUCAACCUCUUGGCGCCCCUCUGUGCCACCCGCUAUCCCGGUCAUCGGCCCCCUGCCCCCCGCAGCCCGUGCAUGGGAGUCCCCCUAUCAGCUCGUCUGGCGCAGGAGUGGAUGGAGGAGGGAAGGGAGGGGGUGGAGGGAAGGGAGAAGACAGGGGGGUGGUGAGUGUGGGAAGCGGCGAUGUGGCGGCGAAAGGGAGUAUCGAGGAGGUGUUGACUGCUUAUAGACACAUGUCCUCUGACAUGCCGAGUGAUAUGUCCCUUGACAUGUCAACUGAAGUGCCUACGGACGCGUCGACUGAUGUGGUGAUGCACACAUUGGUCACCAUGUCAUGUAACAUGAUGGCUGAUGGGCUUAUUGUACAUGCGACUAACCGUGGCGGUGAUAGGAGCAGCAUGGAUGCCGGCAGUGCAAUCGGCACUGCAGACGGUGCUGACGCUAGUGCUGUAAUAACGGCAGCUGGUAUUUCUGCUGCUGGUGCUGCCGCUGGUGCUGGUGGUGGUGCUGGUGGUGCUAUGGCAGAUGCCCCAAGCCAAGAGUUCUCUGCUGUUCUGCCAACUGCCCCUCCUCCCCUUCCUCCAUCCCCUGCACCCUCUCUCCCGGACAUCAAGGAAGAGAGGGAGACUGAUGCAACUGAUAGUCCUGGUACCAACGCGCACGUGCAUAUCUCUGGCGACUUUUCCACUCGCAACAUCGCCACAGCUCCAAUCCCGUAUUCCAACCCUCCCCCAAUACACCGACUCAUUCCCACCACUCACUCUUCUUCACUGGUCCCACCCCCCCCACAACCCUUCCCCUUCCCUUUCCCACCCCACACCCACGUCUACUCUCCCUCCCCCCCUCUUCCGCCGCCCUACCACCUUCCGGACAUCUUCGCCCCCGCGAAAUCCGGGGACAUUACGAAACUAUCCCACCGGCUGUGCCACCUGCUGCACCUGAACGGGGGGCGCAUGAGCCUGGUCCGCGUACCCUCAGAGUUCCGCCGCGUGUUUGGGCUGCGCUUGUCCCUGGCUGAAUUUGGUGCGACCAAGAUCGCGCACGUGGUCGCGAAAAUGGACGGCAGAGUGAUUGGGAUCCAAGGGUCUGGAUUGCGAAGGUUCCUAGUGCUGAAGGAGGGGGGUGCAGGGGGGUCAGGGGGUGCAGCCGAUGCAGGCGCUGCAGGUGCUGCAGGGGAUGCAGGGGUUGGGAGACGUGUUGCGGGGGAGGCGUUGGGGGUGUGCGGAGUGGGAGGGGCUGUUGGCGAGGCAAGGAUAGCUAUGGGUUGUGGAGGAGAGGGGGGUCCAGGAGCAGAGGCUGUAGGAAUGGCUGGGUAUGUAAGUGUCCAGAGGGGAGGAGGAGAGCAGGGUGUGAGUUGCGCCGCUGCAGAUACUACUAGUGAGGAGGAGGGUGGGCGAAGCAGCGGAACGCAGAGGAGCUCUGCUUCUGGUGUGUGGAUGCCGUGUGCAGGAAGCAGUGGGGCGUAUGCGGCCUUUGAAGGCAUGGAGGCUCAGCCAGUGGCGAAGAGUGGUGCCAGGGAUGACCUGGCUUUGGAAGCGCGCCAAGCUGGUGGGGCUGAUGGGACAUGUAGCAGUGUGGCUGAGAGUGAAGGUGCUUGGAAGGCGCCUCUGCUGGUGCCAGUAUCCGUGCUGACUGGUGCUGCUGCUGCUGCUGCUGCUGAUGUGUGUGGAAGGGCGGGCAAGGGGAAGGGGAAGGGGAAGGGGAAGGGGCAGGUGAGAGAGGGGGAGGGGAGUGGUGUUGAGGGGAGGGAUGAGGGAAGGGGAAAGCGGGGAAUUGACAUGGGGUUAGGGGACGAUGGAAGGGCGAGGAGGAACGGGGAAAGGGAGGUGGUGGUGGCGAUGGAGGGAGAGGAAGAGGGUGAUGUGGAAAGAAGGGUGGUUGAGGAAAAACGGGAUUUUAAGGGUACUAUGUUGGGGGGUGGCGGAAUGGGACGAGUGGAGGGAGAAGAGGCUCUCACCUCGGUGGGAGAGAACGAGCAGCUAGGGGCUUCAGUUGCUGCUGCCGCAUGGGAUGCAUUUGCAGGCUUUGAGGGCUUGGCUGGUUGUGCCGCCGAUGGUGCUGCGCCUGACAGGGCGUGUGUGACGGGUGGUGGUGCGUGUGCUGUGCUGUCUGCUGGUGGGAACAGGCCUGUGGGCAUACUUGACCUUUUGACUGGAGGCGAGUGGGAUGAGGCUGGUGCUGGUGGUGCACUCGAUAUUGGUGCACUCGAUAUUGGUGGACUCGAUAUUGGUGCACUCAAUAUUGGUGCACUCAGUAUUGGUGCACUCAAUAUGGGUGUACUCGAUAUUGAUACAGUCGAUAGUGGUGCAGGCGAGUGGGCUGAUAGUGCUGGCGCGACCGUCUGUGCAAAGGAGAGGGAGAGUGCAUGUGCGACGGGUAGUGUGUGUGCUGUGCUGCCUGUGGGUAACAGCCCUGUGGGCAUUGUUGACCUUCUGACGGGGGAUGAGUGGGAUGAGGGGUGGCGGGAACCUGAUGGCAUAGAUGCUGUUGGUGCAGGAAUGAAUUGUUUGAUCGCGGCAGAGGCAGAGGCGGAGGCGGAGGCGGAGGCGGAGGAAAAAGCAGAUGCAGAUGCAGGAUUAGAAGCAGAGAUGGAGUACAAGGGAGGGAUUAAGACAGAUGCUGGGAUAAAAACUGCGUCAGAGGAAGAGCUGGAGACAGUAACAGUGACAGAAGCAGAGGGGGAGACAGGGGUGGAGGGAGUGGUCACAGGAGAGGCACAGUUGCUGAAGGCGCGUUCGGGGGAAACAAACGCUACCCCAGUGGGAUUGGCCGGGGAUGCACAGGAGGAAGGGGAGGAGGAAACGGUGGAGGAGGAGGUUCUGGGUUCUGUUCCUGGUGUGGCAAGGCGUGGUGUGGCAGCGCACGCUCCCGCUGCAUCUGGAGGCUUGGCCAAUUCAGUGCUAUCCUGUGAUGCAAGGGGGCGUCCUGCUACGUUCAGUGGGUUUGCCUUCCUUCCCUUCUGGAUGUGGCAGUAUGGGGGGGGUGGAGGAAGAGGGCAAGGUGCAGAGGAGUGUGAAGGGGUGGAGAGAGGGGGGAGUGGACAGGAGAGGCAGAGGGAGAGUGGAAGAAGGGGUGGAGGGAGGAGCGAGGGAAAGAAGCGAGAGGGGAGUGGGGGGGAGAGUGGUGAUGAGAACGGGACGUGGGAGAGGCUGGUAGGGGAUUGGGACAAGGUGUGGGGGAGUGAAGAGGGAAGGGGGAGUGAGAACAGGGAGGAGAGAGGAGAGGAGGCGAGGAAUUGGGAAGUGGUAGAAGAGAAGGGGACUGCUGGUGAAGUUUUGUGUGGGAGUGAGAGCUGUCUAGCAGCAGCGGAAGUAGUAAAGUCUAGGGGGAAAGGGGGCAAUAUGAGUGAGGGAGUGGUAAUGGGUUGUGUGCAGGAGAAUGUUGGUUGUGGAGGAGGGGAAAGGGGAGAGGAGUUAGGGAUAGAGAUGGAUGGGGGAGAGGGAAGUGUUGGGGAGGAACGUGUAGGCAUGGAGGUGGAUGGGGUGAAGGAAAUGGUGGGGGGUGGAGGUGCCAUGGGAGGUGGAGGUGGCGGAAAUUGGGCAAGGGAAGUUGUAGGGGAACAGGAAGUGGAGAGACCAGAUGAAGAGAGAGCGGAGGGAGAGAGAGCGGAGGGAGAGCGAGCGGAGGAUGUAGGCAUGGAGUGGGGCGUGCAGAUAGGAGGGGAAAAGGGCGGCAGUGGAGAGCAAUUGUGUGGAGAGGGGGGUGUGCUGCAGGGAGAGGGGGAUGUGCAGGGAGACGACUUGGAGGUUGCUGGAUAUGUGAUAGAAGCAAUUUCCGAGGAGGGGAGUGAUAUUCAUGAUGUGGAGGUGGAUGAGGAAGUGAUUGUAUGGAGUGGCAACCAGAAAAAGAGAAUUUGAGAGUGCCUUUGUUGGGAGGUGGGGUGUAGUAUCUUAUCAUUUUAGAGAAUGGAAUUUUGGUGUAUGGCUUCGGUGUGUAGAUUAUAUUUAGUUUGUUGCAGUUUCGGCUCUGUGUGACAAUAGUAUCACUUGACGAGCUCAGAAUAAGCAAAAACAAGGCUCGACGUGAAUCGUCGGAUGGGUUGCGUAUGCCUACAUUUUUCCCGUUCACAAUUCAAGUUAGUAUUUCCCCCCCGCCUUUUUCUUUUCAUUUGGGUUGUGCAUAGAAAUUUUGUGAGUAAAAUACUA